UUGCAGAUUUUACUUUAUUGUGAUAAUUUGCACGGACGAUGGCAUUUUCACGAGAUAAGGGCGAUUUUCUUACGUCGGUAUUUGCUAAGAAAUACAGCACUGGAAUUAUUUCUUUCAUCAAGAACGGCUGUAAUGUUUGCAUUUGCGGACGAAAAUACAGUGCGAAAAGUAGUAGAUUUCUUACCUCGAGUUGGUGUAGGCGUGAAAUAUGGUUUACCUCAAAAUCGCAAAACAAGUCUUAUGACCCCACGACAACUUUUCAAGCAUUCCGAUAUGCCGCAAAAAUGGCAACGACGUGAAAUUUCAAAUUUUGAUUAUUUGAUGUUUCUAAACACUGUAGCUGGUCGUACAUAUAAUGAUUUCAACCAGUACCCAAUAUUCCCAUGGGUUCUGGCUAAUUACUCGUCGUCAACGUUAGAUCUUAAUGUUGCGUCAAAUUUUCGUGAUCUCUCGAAGCCCAUAGGGGCACUGAGUGAGAGUCGUCGGAAGUUCUUCCAGAAUCGUUACAGUUCAUGGGAACAUGAGACCGUACCUCCAUUUCAUUAUGGCACACAUUAUUCUACUCAAGCUUUCACUCUCAAUUGGUUAUUCAGACUUGAACCAUUUACGACAAUAUUUCUGCAUAUGCAAAGUGGUAAAUUUGAUCAUUCUAAUCGCCUAUUUCACAGUAUAGCCGAAGCCUGGGAAAGUUGUCAGCGCGAUUCACAUGAUGUUAAAGAACUAAUACCAGAGUUGUUUUAUUUGCCGGAAAUGUUGUUGAAUACAAACGGGUAUGACCUGGGAACACGUGAUGAUGGCCUUUCCGUUAAUGAUGUUAUUUUGCCGCCAUGGGCGGAAAGUGCCGAACAUUUCAUAAUGUUGCAUCGGCAAGCUCUUGAGUCAGAUCUUGUUUCUUGCCAACUAAACCAAUGGAUUGACCUUAUUUUUGGCUACAAACAAAAAGGACCUGAAGCUGUUCGCGCUACCAAUGUAUUUUAUUAUCUUACUUAUGAAGGAGCGUUGGACUUGAAGUCGAUUGAGAAUGCAGCGAUGCGUGAAGGACUCGAACAGCAGAUAAUAUCUUUUGGACAAACGCCUGCUCAGUUGAUGACUGAACCUCAUCCACCUCGUCAUUCUAUCAUGACCAUCAGUCCUACAGUAUUCCAGCCAUGUAACGAUGAUCUAUGCAUGUUGAUGAAAUUCAUAUCAAAUAGCUCUGUAGUUCAUAUUAGUGCAAAUACAUUCUCCCAGUUACAGCAUCCUACUGUUAUUUCUAUCACUAAUAAUUUAAUUUUCGCACUGAAUCGCUGGAACACUAAUUAUGCGGGUAAUUUCAAAUCAUCAUGCACUGAAAGAGAAUUAGAAUUACUGCGUAAAAAUUUACUAAAGAAAAAUUUUUAUUCCGAUUCAAAGUCAAAGAUCACUGUUCCUAGUUUUCAUCCAAGGAAAUAUCACUUUAUUAAAGGUAAUCCAUCACAACCGUUACCUCGUCGGCAUUUGGGUGAAUCUUUUGACCAGCGCCUUAAAAUUCGAUGGAACAAUUUUGUUACUACUAUAGAAAGUCGAUCAAUCAUUGCAUGUGGUUAUCCGGAUUAUAGUUUUCGUGUCAUCGAUACAGAUACUGCUAGAGUACGGCAAGUCAUUUAUGGGCACGGAGAUGUAGUUACUUGUCUUGCGCGUUCAGAAUCGAAUCUGUUUGCUGAUUGUUACAUUGCUUCGGGUAGCCUAGAUUGCACGGUAGUGCUAUGGCACUGGAAUGCACAGUUACAGUCUAUUGCUGGCGAAUACAACGUUGCAGGUGAGGUAGCAGCACCUCGUGCCAUAUUAACAGGGCAUGAUACUCUCAUCACUAUGAUUUGUGUAUCAGCUGAACACGGCAUUGUCAUUUCUGCAUCUAAAGACGGGACUGUUUUGAUUCAUACUGCAAUGGGAGAUUUACUGAGACGGCUGGAGUGUGAGAAUCAACAAAAAUUAUUAGAGAAAGAAGUAAAUUUGCUGUUGAUGUCUCGAGAGUGUAUACUGCUAGUAUUGUAUGGUCGUGACUGUUUGACUACGUUUACAACGAGUGGUCGACAGCUUAAUUGUUUAAGACUCCCAGAAAAUGUUUUGUGUGGAACAUUGUCUUUUGAUGGUGAAUAUGUUGUGUUAGGUACGAAAAAUGGUCGUGUUGCAGUAUUAAAAUUAUUCCCUACACAGCUACUAUAUACCUUUCAGCAGACAGACAGUGCAGUACGUAGUAUCGCGUUAUCUUCAAAUCAGCGUUUUGUAUUGGCAGGACUUGAUUCUGGCGCUAUCGUUGUUUUCAAUAUUGAUUUUAACCGAUGGCAUUCGGAAUACUGUAAUCGUUAUGCUAUCCGAUGA